CUGCUCGAGGCUUUGCGGGCGGUGUCAUUAAAAGGGAGGGCAGUGAAUUAACUCUUUGUGAAGCCGGCUGAGUAGGGGGGGUCCUCCAAACUCCGUCCCAACCGGUCUGGGGCGGCUGCGCUCGUAGGAGGGACAGCCGCCGGCAGGACGAGACGUGCGGGAGCCCGCGGGAGAGGCCGGGCCGCGUUCCCCGCCUGGCAGCCGCUCCAUGGAGCCCCUCGGCGGGGCGCCGCUCCUGCCGCUGCUCCGGCUCCGGCUCCGGCUCCUGCUCCUGCUCCUGCUCCUGCUCCUGCUCACGGCUGCGGCGGCGGCGGCUCCUCCUCUGCUCGGCGAGCGAGAACUUACAAUAGAAGAAUGCUGUGAGAGAGGUAAUGAAUGGGCAACUAAAAAUAGAGGAUGCAGUUCACUCCCAUUUCUUUCUGAGUCCAGAGAAUGCAGCAUAGCCCAGGAGCAGUGCUGCCGCAGCAAGCUGAAUGAGGAGUACUGCUUAGAGGGCAUUAGUGCUGCCAACCUGCAUGAGGAGUGUGAUCUAGAGGAGGAGAAGAAUUCCACUUGUGAAGCUGAAUCCUUUAAGAAAUGCUGUUUCUGUUGCUUGCUGGGAAAGAGUGCCCAACUUCAAGGAAAGAACUGUGACUCGAACCUAAAGAUAGGACAACAGUGUAGGAAAAUUUUCAGUGACUGCUGUGCUAAAGGUCAAGGAAGCACUGACAUGUCUGUUAGUGAUGAUGUUCCAAAGAAGAACCAAGUUGACAUUUCAAAAGAGGAAGUAGACCAAGAAGAUCCUUACCUUCAUGAUGGCUGCAGAGGUGCUGGUCCCUGUUCCCAGCAGUGUAGGGACACGGGAGCCAGUUUUAUUUGCUCCUGCUUUGUUGGAUACCAGCUUCAGUCUGAUGGCGUCACUUGUGAAGAUGUUAAUGAGUGCAUCACUGGGGCACACAACUGUGGGAUUGGACAAACUUGCAUUAAUACCCUGGGAUCCUUCCGCUGUCAGCGUGACACGAGUUGUGGAACUGGUUAUGAACUGACUGAUGAAAGUCUCUGCAAAGAUAUUGACGAAUGUGAGACUGGUACUCAUAACUGCCCCCCCGAUUUUAUCUGUCAGAAUACUCCAGGAUCUUUCCGUUGCCGUCCCAAGCUGCAGUGCAUGAAUGGGUUUAUACAAGAUGCACUAGGCAACUGUAUCGAUAUUAAUGAGUGCCUCAGCACCAACAUGCCAUGUCCAGUUGGGCAGAUAUGCAUUAACACCGAUGGCUCAUAUACCUGCCAGAGGAUCACUCCAAACUGUGGGCGUGGUUAUCAUCUCAAUGAGGAUGGAAUGAGAUGUGUAGAUACAGAUGAGUGUUCAUCAUCCAACCAGCCAUGUGGAGAAGGACAUGUUUGUAUAAAUGCCCCUGGCAGUUACCGCUGUGACUGCAAAUCAGGCUACUCAUUUGAUGCCAUCAGUAGAACUUGUGUUGACAUCAAUGAGUGCAGGCGCUACCCUGGACGUCUUUGUGCUCACAAAUGUGAGAACACUCCUGGAUCCUAUUACUGCACCUGUACCAUGGGCUUCAAACUUUCUAUUGACAGCAGGUCAUGUGAAGACUUAAAUGAAUGUGAGAGCAACCCCUGUAGCCAAGAGUGUGCCAACGUAUAUGGUUCCUAUCAGUGUUAUUGCCGUCGGGGCUAUCAGCUUAGUGAUAUGGAUGGAAUCACCUGUGAAGAUAUUGAUGAAUGUGCUUUACCUACUGGAGGGCACAUCUGUUCCUAUCGAUGUGUUAAUGUUCCUGGGAGCUUUCAGUGCACCUGCCCCUCUACUGGGUACAGAUUGGCACCUAAUGCACGAAACUGCCAAGAUAUCGAUGAAUGUGCUGCAGAAACACACAAUUGCUCAUUCAAUGAGACCUGCUUUAACAUUCAGGGUGGUUUUCGUUGUCUCUCUUUGCAGUGUCCAGAAAACUAUCGCAAAUCAGGAGAUACAUACAGACUUGAAAAGACUGAUACUAUUCGCUGCAUCAAGUCUUGCCGACCAAACGAUGUCAACUGUGUUCUGGAUCCAGUCCACACAAUUUCUCACACUGUCAUUUCGCUACCUACAUUCAGAGAAUUCACAAGACCUGAAGAGAUUAUUUUUCUCCGUGCCAUUACACCUGCAUAUCCAGCCAACCAGGCAGAUAUCAUAUUUGACAUAACAGAAGGAAAUCUGAGGGACUCUUUUGACAUCAUCAAACGCUAUAUGGAUGGCAUGACAGUGGGUGUUGUUCGUCAGGUGAAGCCCAUUGUUGGACCUUUCCAUGCUAUCCUGAAACUGGAGAUGAACUACGUCAUGGGUGGGGUUGUCUCUCAUCGUAAUAUUGUCAAUGUGCACAUCUUUGUCUCUGAAUACUGGUUCUGAAAGAGCUUUUCCAAUCCCAAACAAGCAAACUGCUCCAUAGGAAAACAUUACCACAAGUUAUUAUGUUAUACGCCUGUUUGUAAAAUCUACUAGUGUUUGUUUUAAUAUUUGGUUUAUAGGUUAAUUAAGACAAAUACAAAGCUAAUGUUGACUAGAAGUAGGAUGGAGCAAGUUAAAUGAGCCUGAUUUAGUUGUGUAUAAAUAAGUAGUGUGUAAAAGUGCUCAACUGCCUAACAAUUUAAAAAAUGGUCCAAAUGUUUAGGCAAAUUAUAGCUUUUGCUCCUUUACCAGGUAACCAGGGCUAUAUAUAAUGUGUGAGGGAAAUGGACUCUCCAGGGACUGAUAUGAUGAAUACAAAGUUCCUUUGAAGGAAAAAAAGAGUGAAAAAUGAUUAAGGAUUUUGCCUCAAUUUGACAUAUCUUAAAGGGAAUGUGAAACAUCCAUGCUCUGGCUCUUUUUGGGAAACUUUAGCUGGGUACCCAAAAUCACUUGCCACUUUUGAAAAUCUUGACUUCAAGAUUUGAAAAAAGCUGUUUGACUGCAGUUACAAAAGGAAAUGAAAAAAGAAUAAAGGUAGCAAGAGGAAAACAAGAGCCAGUGCAGCUGUCAGAUAAAAUACUUAAUUUUUUCAGAUUAUCAGAUAAAAUAGACUAUAAAAUGAAGUAUGCUGGAUUCAAUUUAACCAAAUACCUGCAACCAAAAUUAACCUGCUACACAAAUACAGCAUAUUGUCUUCAUGCCAGACUUAAAUAUAUGCAACAAUACAUUAAAUUCCUUGAUAGACACCUGUAGGCUGUUAGAAGGACAAGCACAGUACAAUAUUUUUUUACUUGAUAAAGAAACUAGCUUAUUAGGCUGUAAACUUGUUAUGCAUCAGACCAAAGCAUAUCCAAUAAUACAAUGAAACACUCUUGAGUAAAGGAAGGUUGAAUUUCCUUGGCAUCAAAGUAGUGUCUUUUUUAAUUACAAAAGUGAAAAUAAAUAGCUCCAGGUUUCAGUUUCUUGUAUUCUGUUGCAUGUUAUGGUGGGAAAAUGUCUGCUUAUCUAAGCAAUCAUAUAUAUAAUUAAGUACAUGUAUUUGUUAUAUAUGCCACCCAUUGAUAUUGUGCUAGUUCAUUCCCCCGUUUAGCCAGAGACAUUUUCCUCUUCUUUAGAUGUAGGUUUUUAAUCCAAAGGUUAUUGAGGUCAACAGGAACUUUUUUUACUGACUUCAACAAGCUUUGCAUAAUAAGAGAAGAAACCUGACCCUCCUCCAAAUACCAAUUCUGAGUAAAAAGCCAAAUCAUAUUUUAUUAUCUACAGAGCCCAGAGGUCUGUCUUUAUUUGUCUCUGAGGUAGAUAUAUCACCCUCCCCAAGGCACCUUCCAUAUACAAAUUGGGAAUGUAUAGUAAUACCAUUUUCCAAAUCAGUUUUGAAUAAGGAAUAUUGGUUAUAGUCAAUUCCAUCUUAAUUACUGACUUCUCCCCAGAUAAUUGUAUAUAAUUUGGCUUUCAGGAUGCGAAUAGGAAACAGUAAUGCUUUAAAUGUCUAUUGUUCUGAACAGCUAACUGUACAAUAUUUAGUAUCUAAUUAAAUAGUUCCUUAUUUAGGUAGAAAGGUGCUGGUUAAGCAAGUAGAUUCAGAGCAGGUGACUUUCAUUAUUCAACUAACUGCAUGAGCUGUUGAAUAACUACAAAUUACAAGGUAUUCCACUGAUUUGAGGGAUGACUAGUGACAUUAAAUUGGGUUUUGUAAACUAACCACCAUUUUAUUAACAGAAUUAACAGAACCCAAUACAACAGAGAUGGAAAAGAUCUGUUAAGUCUUCCAGGUCUUCUUGCCAAUGCAAGGUAAUAGUUUCAGUACCAUCUGAAUUUUCUAGAUUGUAAUUUAUGAUUAUUUACUUCCUCUAUAAGUAGGGUGACCAUAGGCCCUGUUUGACUGGGACAUUUCAGUCCUAGAUUUCAUGGGCCAGUCCUGCCUGAUCAGAGAAAAUUAAGAUGAGUGUCCCAGGCACAGGACAGAGAGACAGAGCUGUGAAAUAAGAAGCCCUAGCAGACAACAAACUGCCUAAAAUAGGCUAGCUUGAUUAGUGGAAUGACCAUCAACACUAAUCGUUACCUCGCAGGUGAUUGUUAACACCUUUGACUGUAAAGCACAAUGGGUUACUAAUGGGCCAUUGACUCCCUGCAGCCUGUAACAAGGUUGCGGGGUGGGGGGGGUGCAGUGCCCCAGAUUUCACAUUGUCCCAUAUGGUUACCCUAUCUAUAAGUGGCAUUUAGUUGCACUGGAAAGAACUGUGAUAAUAAAAAUAUAAUUUUAGGCUCAAA